GCAUGGAUUGGAGAGAUGGGGAGGAAACGUCGGCGGAGGUUGUUCAAUGUCGAUGUUGAAAUGGAGGAGCAGGUGCUUGUGCGCCAUAAGAGGAGAUGUAUGGAGACUUCGGUAGAUCCGGCAGUGAGGGAACUUAUAGAUAGAAUAGAGCGAGCAGUUCGUUCGCGCGAUGUAGCUGAGUUGAAUUGGGUGCUUGUGAAGCUAAUGGGGAGCUUAUGGGCUCAAGAAAGUCCAGAAGCGGUGAGGUUAGUGGACGGACUGAUGGAAUGGGUGAUAGAGGAGGGUGCUGCAGACUUUGCGGGCUCUCUAUCUGCUGCUGCAUGCGGCGAGAGUAUCCGUCGAAUGGCAUACGAUUGCUGCUGUGGGGUGAUGGAGAAGGUGGGUGUUUUUCGUCGAUUUCUGAUGUACGGCAAGGGUUGUCUAGGGGAUGAAUUGUACGAUAACGCCUUACAAACGACUUGCAUGAUUGCUGCUGAGGUGAUGAAAUGUUCGUCUCCCGGGCAGCCGGAGGCGGCGGAGUCGAUUAAGUUGUCUUCGCCGGCAUCGUCUUGGAGGAGGAGGAGGGGAGCGGGUGUCCGUUUGUGCGACGUGUCGCCAGCGUGGCGACAUCAGCGCGACAUUUUGCGUGACGCUUCUCCAAUGUGGCGGCAAGAUCAAGAUCAUUGCGAAAGAAGUCGCGGGAAAUGGACGAACACCGCGUCGGCAGCCGUCCUCAAGAACGCGUCGGCAAUCGUCCUCCCUUCCCUUGGGAGAAAAAAGACCGCCGCAUUCCGGGUUGGUGUUGAAGAGGAGAUCGAGGACAGACAGGCGGUGCACCACUCGGGCGUGAAGACACUGAAGAGGCGUGGAGGAGCUGCUGACAACGAUGCCUUGAGGGGAAGGUGGGGGCAAGACCGGCUUGAAGAGGAGGAUGUGCGCAGCCAAGAGCGGGACUGGAAGAAACAGGCGAGGGAGGAUCACGACAGCCUUCCCUCGCUCCAGCAAGGGUGUGGCAACGAGGCCACGGAUGAUAAUUGUAGCGUCUACAGCAGCUAUAUCUAUGAUGCAGAGCAAGAGGAGGGGGAGGAGGAGGAGGAGGAGGAGGAGGAGGAGGAGGAGGGGGAUGAGGCGCAGUUCUGCGAGUCGGACGAGGAUGUGAUGCUUCCGGAGUUCCCGAAAUUUGUAUUGGAGUUGUGUCGGGCGCUGAUUGAUGCCGGUGCUCAGAAUGCGGGCUAUGUGCUGACCGAGGUAGUGUGCCAUCACUUCGAGUACGAUCACGUGGAUCUGGUGCGGCUCUUGCUUCAGCCGUCGGCGGCCAAACAGUAUGCCACGAGAGCUCUCCAUGCCGCUGCCCGGGCCCCUCGGUGCAACAUCGGCAUCAUUCGGUGCCUUGUGCAGGAGGGAGGGGCCAGUUUGCACUCAGGGUUUAUUGUAGUUGCGGCUCUCCGGGGGUGGCUGGAGGCUGUGCAGUUCGCUGUGGAGAAUGGCAGUCUGCCUCAUUUCUUGUACGCCUCUCUGCUCAGUGCUGUGACCUGCGGGCACUUGGAUGUCGUGCGCUGCCUCGUCGACGUUUUGCGCGCCGUGGACGAUGAGAAGAUGCUCAUUGUCUUCAAGGAGGCGGUGAAGGGACAAGGCGAGCUCAAGGUCCACAUGGAAGAGUUCUGGAGCGCAAUGAAUGAGAGGAGAAGUCGGGGUAGGAGGAGGAGGAGGAGGAGGAGGGAAAGAGAAAAAGAAGUUGUAGGUGAUGGGUUUUGGGAUUGGGGUAGGACUGCGAAGAGGAAGAAGCAACAAAGCGAGGCUCCGUCUUCCGGCGGCAGGCGGGACAGCGUCGGCGAUUCUUCAGCAGUGACGGCCGCUGUGUGGCCUCACUCGAAUCAUACUAUGGAAGGAGAUCAUGAGGAGCCUUCAGGGGUAACCGUUCCUGGCUUUCCUCAGACUAGGAGGCAUGCCGAAGCCGGGAAUGUCCGUCAUCCACCUGCUGCGCUGGAGGAUGACCGACUCACUAUGGGGUUGAACGGCAGCAUGGUGUCGCGCACGUGUUCAGGACAUCAUGCGGAGGUCUCAACGGGGGGCGAUGACACCACCCAGGUAUGGAAGCGGCAGAAGCUGGAGCAGGACGGCGAAGCUGCUACCGGUAGCGCUGAAGUCGAUACCGGCAGUGGGGAAGCGGCUACCAGUAGCGGUAGCUUGGUAUCUAUCGAUCAGCAGACAAGGAAGCGAGAGUGCUCGGGCGAGGUCGAAGAGAGCUUGAGCGUGGAGGAUUCUUGCGGCAACGAGAGUGAGGCAGUUUGUGGCAGGGGAGCAGCGGAGGGCGUGUGCUUGCUCCUGCGAUUGAACUUCAUGGGAGAUGAGAGAGCCACCCGGCGAGCUGUACAGCAGGCGUUAGAUGAAGACCAGAUGAUCGGAGAAAUCAGGGAGGUGUUUCAGCGAGAAUGGUCAGCAGCUGCGUUCGACACGGCCCGAGCGAGGGGGGCGCAACAUCAUGUGAAUCUGACACGAGUCAUCAAGCGGGGAAGUUCCAAGCUGCGCGUCAGAGAUCUUCCUUUGCAAUUGCAAGCAAGGAUAGGCUAUCUGCCUCUCCUUGAGGAGUGCGCUCGGAAGGAGGGAUACAUGCUCUCCGAGGCGGAAAGGGGCGAGCUUGUCGAGGCCGUCGCUAGGCUCUAUUCGGGCGACUGGGCGCUGACGGAAGAUAUGAUCCUCAGCUGCGGGCAAGAGGACUUGUUGGCGCUACUGCGGCUCCGAUUCAGUUAGCUGGAAUUGGAAUUGGAAUUGGAUGUCGUCUCCUGCUUAUCGAGGAGGGAGAGGAGGAAGUCGCUUUCGUGAUUAAUGGGAAGAUGCAAUCAUGAUGGUGAUCGCACCAAUCAUUUGUCAUCCGAAGAAUCCUCGUCAGCAUGCCGCUUCGUAAUCCGCAUCGCGGGGUUACAGCCAAUAGUCGUUGGGUCUCGUCAUAGGUACUCCAGUGUCUUCCUCUUCUGCGUCUCCUUCUCUCUGAUGAGGACACGUGGUCCUCUCUCAGAGUCUCUCUUUCGUGUCCGUCUCUGAGUGGAUCGGUCAUCCCUUCUUCAAUUGACGUCGAUCCCAUCAUCGGUGAUUGUAUAUCAACAUUCGGAAUCAACUAGUCCGGGCUUA